AAGUUGCAGUGCUGUUGUUGGAAAGUCGUGGUGGAAUUGUUUGGUAGGAAGAAUCUAAUCCUGGCCUGAAUUGGUCGGUUUGACAGGUUUGGCUUUGCUGAUAUUCUUGGUUGCCUAUGGUAUUGCCGUUCUUGUUGCUCCAAACAGGACGGUUUAACCGGUGCACGCUCGAAAAAGUCACUACUUUCUUGCCGUGCUAAUGUUCACAUCGUGUCUUGAAGGUUCCGAUGGUGCUGUCUGAUCAUGCUACGCGCAAGAGUCCAUCGUCGCAAGGCAGGAGGAAAAGGACCACCCAUUCGUCCGAAGGCAGCCAGGCAGCCUACGUCGUUGGACAAGAAUCUGAUUCCAACAACCUCAUACACUGAGGUUGCCUAGACAAAGCAAAAAAGCUAGGUAUCAAUCCAAAUCCUCUUAACCCCAUCUGCCCUCUCUUCCCUGCAAACUUCCGAGUACUUCUACGGUUCCACCUUUGCUGGCCCCUUUGAGGACACCUUCGUCGGCGGGGCAAAAGACGUUGCCGUCGCUGCCCGGCCUGUCCAGCAGGGAGAUUGAUGAGCGACAAGUUCUACUGCAUGACCGUUAGGAUGAACAUCGACUGCAACGGGUGCUACCAGAGGAUCAGGAGAGCUCUCCUCCACAUGCAAGACCUGGAGAGCCACCUGAUCGACCGGAAGCAGCACCGGGUGAGCAUCUGCGGCGCGUUCGUGCCGCAGGACGUCGCCAUCAAGCUCCGGAAGAGGACCAACCGCCGCGUCGAGAUACUCGAGAUCAAGGAGGUCGACGCCGGAGCCGGCCACCGGCCCUGAGGGAGCGACCGCCAUGCAUGCAUCCGUGCCGGCGUGGCGUUGCCUGCUUGCUUCCAGUUCUCACGCCUGGAGCCGUCGGCCCCGUGCGCGGUGCACUGGAGCUAACGCUGGGCUGUGAAUGGCUUUUAGCCUUUGCUCCUUGUAGCUGAGACGAUGUAAGCACAAGUCAGCUAUGAGAGAACAUGCAGUCUAGUAACUCCCUGGCCAAAACAGAUGACGUCCUAUGACGCUCGUUGAGAGAUGA